AGUUAAGAAGAUACCCAUGUAUCUUUAUUAACAGGCACUUAACAACUUUGCAUCAUUUAAAAUGCUUCCCCUGCCUAUUAGCUGAUGAUGGCCUCAGGAAGGUGGACCUGGAAGAUAACAGCUAGCAGGCUGAGGCCAGACACUAGCACUUGCAGUUGUCCUUGGUGGUUUUUUUGCACUGACUUGGGGAGCCAGCUCAUGAUCUCAGGAUGUAUGGAAAAAUAAUCUUUGCAUUACUAUUGUCAGUUUUUAUUGAAGAAGUAAGAUUGUCACUAGCAGAUGCAGUCACAGAUGAGCAGAUACUGAGCAUGACCCCAGCCAUUCCUGGUGCUGACGGAGUUUCAGAAUCUUCUGGUAGAAACCAUUUACGUCCAGACCAGAAAAACGGAGAAAGGCAGCAACUUAUGCAUGAUUUCUCUGAACCAGUGAUAACACUCAUUAUUUUUGGGGUGAUGGCUGCUGUCAUUGGAAAGAUCCUCUUUAUUUCUUACUGUAUUCGCCGGCUGAGAAAGAAAAGCUCAUUUGAUGUACAACCUCACUCCUCACCUGACACAGAUGUGCCUUUAAGCUCUGUUGAAAUAGAAAAUCCAGAGAAAGUUGAUUAAUGAGAAUCUGUUCACCAAACCAAAUGUGGAAAGAACACAAAGAAGACAUAAGACUUCAGUCAAGUGAAAAAUUAACAACAUGUGAAUUGGACACUCCAAUAAAUUAUAUACCUAAAUUGUACAAUUUCAGAAUGCAAUUUUCAUUAUAAUGAGUUCCAGUGACUCAAUGAUGGAAAAAAAAAUACUCUACUCAUUAAUAUUUCGAGAUAAAGAACAAAUGUUUCCUUGCAUCUUUGUUUUUGUAUGUUAGCAUAAUUUUUAGAAUUGAUUGAGAAUUCUGAUCCAAAACUUUAGUUGAAUUCAUUUAUAUUUGUUUAAUACUAACUUAAUCUAUUCUAUUGUGUUGUAAUAAUGGUGCUGUCAAAUGAAAGGCUUGAAAUACCUAGAUGAAGUUUAGGUUUUCUUCCUAUUGUAAACUUUUGAGUCUGGUUUCAUUGUUUUAAAUAAAUUAAGGGGACACUAAAGUCCUAUCAUUUAUUUCCUUCAUUGCUGAACAGGCAAGAUAUAAUAUUACAUGAAUGAUGAUGAUGAUAUACUAUUACAUGAAUGAUGAUGAUAUUUUGUUCACACUAAUAAAGCUUGAUAAAAUUUAAAAGAAAUUUCUAGAUAUAGGGACUAAGUUCUGUGACUACACAGCUGUCACUCAUUUAUAGUGAAACUUAAAAAAAAAAACCUUCCUGUGAUACUUUAUUUCUAACCUAAUAAAAAUCUAUAUGACUUUUCAUUGUUGUGUGAUAAUAAAGUAAAUUUUUUUGUA